UCGAGUUCACACCUCAUGCAAGCAAAGCCACAGUUCAUCACCUGAUGGUGUACGGGUGUCACCUCCCGGCCGUCUCCGACUUUGAAGAUCCCUGGUGUUGUGACGUCAGGCUAUCGUAUACGCGACCACCAGUGGACAGAGAUAGGCCGCAUGUCGCCACAGCUGCCUCAGACCUUUUACGACGUGAGUAACCCAGGCAUGGACUUGGAGCCCGGUGAUCUCCUCGCCGGUCGCUGCACCAUGAACAGUAUGGCCAGACAGGACAGAACUAAGAUAGGCCCCACAAACCACGACGAGAUGUGUAACUUCUACAUCAUGUACUCCACCUACUACCAAGGUCAUCUGGUCACCGACUACUGCUUCCAGGACGGCAACAGCUUCCACUGGUCCGACAACUUUGCCCAGGAAGAAAUUCCGCCAAAUGCAAGCGCACUGAACGGCAUACCAGGAGCCGAUGAAGUCAGAGAAAAAUUUGGCUUGAAACCUCGCUGAAAUUUUACGCGACUUCCCCC